UCCCGUGAUCGAACAGCUGUGACGAGUUUGACAGCUCGUCCAGCUCUGAUAUCAUCCCUACCCCACGACGUCGAGUUCGACGAGGACUCGAACGUUAACCGAAACUUACCGAAGUUAACCGAAAUGGUUCCGAGCGAAUGGUAUGGGGCGUAAGAUUGUCAGUCGCACGCCGGUCGUUGAAUGGAGCGGGUUUGGAGACGCGUACAAGGUGUCGGGCGUCGCAGUGGCGUAGGACGCUGCGGCUGCCCCGUGCAACCAUGUCAGUUGCACGUGGACCAACGCGCGAAGCGUGGUGCCAGUGGAUCUCGAAGAUCACGAGGUCCACAAACGAUAGUAUGUGCUUGUCAAGUGCAACCGUGUCCGGUACAUCCGGUAUUAAUAAGAGUUCGUCGUACGAGACAACAACAGCAACCGGUAGUAGGCAACUGCGACUGUCCAAACGAGUUGCAAUCUUGUUCGCACGUACCCCGCGCUGCUGGAUCUUCGCGGAGGGUCAGAAGAUGCGAAUGUACAGAGAGACCUUGUCGACAUACAGCCAGUGGUACUGUCUCUCAACAACAACAGCAACAACGUCGUUUAGGGACUUCGUCUCCUUUGGCUGGUUCCUCGAAUCAAAUAAGUCAACAACAACAACAACAACAACAACAACAACAAUCGAUAACCGUAGGAACGUCACAACAACAAGAGAGAUCAUCGAGCUCAGUUGUCGAGCAGAAUCGUACAGACGGCGGCGAGGCGCCGUGCGAGUGCGACUGCGACGAGCAAUCAAGGCCUUGCUCCCACGAGCCAAGGAUGAUGAUGAUCACGACACGCCGUACAGCAACGGCUACUCGCGCAACCUGCGAAUGUGGAAAAACCACGGAAAACGUUGACGAGGACGACGAAGAUAGCGUCGCUGGAACUCGACCGUGCUCUCAUAAACCACAAACCGAAGGCCGUAUCAAACGAGUUAAAUACCGUGUUAGACGUGCUGGUUGCGCGAUGGCCAGAUGCACGGCCGAGCUCGCGAUGUUGCACUUGCACUGGGAGCUCGCCUCCGAAUGUGCGCCAUGCCGGCCACGGGCAUUCACCAGAAGACUCUGUAGAAGACAACAGAGUGAUAACGAACUGUACAGAAGUAAUAGUUUCAAGUUUGAAAGGUUCGAGAGAAGCAGAGAUGAAUAUGCUACGCCGUUGAAGAAACAGGUCUCUUUGUGCGACGAGUAUAGUUUACCGGUCGAUUUCGUAAACAAGAAACGUCCCGCCAGUGCUGCGGCUGCAACUUCCUCGUCGAUUCAGUGGACUUUGCCAAGUCCUACAGUCGAGAACGCAGAGAUUGAAGUCGUGGAACAAUACAGCGAUCCUAGAGAUAGCAAAAGUAAGGCUUACAUCGAGCCAGGAGCUGAGACUUCAUUGCCAACGAUUUACAGCAGAGUAAAUCGGAAUUAUUGUCGACCAUAUACAGAUCCAUCUGCUUCCGGGUCGUCUUGCGAAGAUGAGAUCACCGAGGAACGUUUCACCGGUGCUAGAAAACGCAAGAACAGUUUGCACGCGUCGAGCUCGUUACGCGCUGCUUCAGUAGAAAGCGACAGGCCACUAUCGACUGAUGGUGUUCUCGUUGAUUGCGUUGCGUUAGUUCACCUCGCUGAUCAAUCCUCUACGGAUUCCAAUCAACCCGCUCGUCAUCCGUCGCCGUAUUAUUACGGGGAUCUCUUCAAAGUACCGGAACAUCCGAUAAGAUCACAGCCGAGUAAAUAUAGAAAGAGUGUGAGUCUCGACGUGCCCGAGGAACGUUCGAGAACACCCGGUAUACCGAAGAGAAAUUCUCUGGCGGGUGAUGGGGGUCCCUAUUCGCCUCAUCAACAGCAGCAUCAUCAACAUCAGCAGCAGCAACAACAGCAGCAGCAGCAUUAUCAACAGCAACAGGGUGGACAGCAAAAAGGACAACAGCAACAACAUCCCCAACAGCAACAGCAGCAGCAGCAGCAACAGCAACAGAAUUAUCAGAACCAAGAUCUAGUGAGCCCCACAUCGGGGAGCGAGCAUGCUGUCCCAGAUAGAAACAGCGAGAUCCUCUCGUCGUGCAUUAUCACGGAGUGGGUUCACACACUCAUGCCUCCACCUAGGCUGCUGAGCCAUGAUCUUCCGAGUACCGUUUGUACGUGCGUUGCAUCAGCCGAGGAAGAAGAGGAUGAGUUAGAUCGACGACAGCCGCAGAGUACGCGGCAACAACAGCAAACGCAACAGCAUCAGCAGCAACAGCAACAACAGCAACAACAGCAACAGCAACUCCUUCAUCAUCAUCAUCACCACUAUCACCAUCACCAUCAUCAUCAGACAGCACCGCGGAAGUUACGACGUGCCAGAAGAAUAGAUCCACAACCGAUUCUCGUGGAGGACGAGGACGACGUGGAGGGGGAGGACGAGGAAGAGGAGGAGGAGGAGGAGGAGGUGGUGGUGGCUGGUUUGGAGGAAGACGAGGAAGAGAUGGCGAGGCAACGUCAUCUCUACGAGACAGCCUUCGAUUGCAAGGUCAAUCGUUCUGACGACGACCUCGACGAUCUCGAUCGAGUUACCAAUCAUCCGGUACUGCAUUCGCAAAUAAGAAGCAGUAGCGCUUUGGCCGUGAGUCGAACGAGUUCGUCGACCGACCCGUCGAAGCAGCAACAACAACAGCAACAGCAACAACAGCAGCAGCAACAACAGCAACAGCAGCAGCAGCAGCAACAACAACAACAACAACAACAACAACAAAUUCCUUACGCUGGUCAACCGCAUUCGAGCAAAGACCAUCGACGCAAAGUCGUACUUCUCCGCCCAAAACCAAUUCCGAGCCGUCUUCAACAACAACAACAACAGCAGCAGCAGCAACAACAACAACAAUCAGACAAUAUUUCGACUCUGUCCCAGGAUAUCGAAUCCCUCCAGAUAAACUCGAGCGAUGAAAAAACUGGCUCGCCGAGACUUCCUGCGAGAGGUUACACGCCCUCGCCGCCAUCAACGGCACCCCUACCCGCGAAAUUUCAUGGGAAUCGCGAUCACCUAUUGCUGAACAUACGCAGCGCACCUAAUUUGCCAUCCCAACCUGAUCAUCCACGUUUGAAGGAUAUGAGACUGCCCGUGAAGUCUACGUUACGUGCCAAGGAUUCUCCUCAAAGUAGCGAGGGCAGCAUUUUAGAGAUCAAGAGCCGACCUAAGAACUUCGUUCAGGAAAACGUCGAGUCAUCUCAAGGCCGUCGUUUCGACAAGGAACUCAUUCUCGAGUUCAAGAGCAGGCCAAGAGACGAGAGACAACGUCCAAGAAGUUUGAUACGCGAGAGCAAACCUAUCAUGGAGUUCAAGGGUAGGCCUCACGAGGCUGAGAGUGACCUUGCACGUCCAAGAAGGGAGGCCGGCCUUUUGGAAUUCAAAUUACGUAACAGCAGGCGCAGAGCUGGAUAUUCUAGUACCGAAAGUAUGGCGACCAGUAGUAGCGGCGGUAGCAUGGAGUCUUUGAGAAGCAGCACCAGCGAAGGUAAUCGAUCUACGAGCAGCUCGGAAAGUCGUCACAGUACCAGUCUCAGUUCUCACAGCUCCGACAGCGGUGGUACAAAUUGUUAUCACCAUCAUCAUCAUCAACAACCGUCUUUAACGGGCUUCCUGACGCAUCAUGCCAAUAAACUUCAUAUACUUUCGCCGAUUUCGGACAAGUCCUCGCAGGAGCCAGCCUCUGAGACCUCGGACAACAAUCGUAACAACAAUUCCCAAAAGGCAUCGCCUGAGGAAAGCAUUACCACCGAAAAUAACGUUAUGCUGACCAACAAUACCAAUACUAACACGAAUACGAAUACGAAUGCAGCCAACACAAAUACAAAUUCCGUCACGUCUCCCAUGGACACGUCCUUUAAAAAGAGACGAACUCCUCAAAACAAGAAUCUGAUUAAUUUAGCUCUCCAAUCGUCGUCUUCCGGAGAUGCGGAAAUUCAAGGCUCCGACAGUGGUAUCUCCAUCGAGUCCCGAGCCGGUAUCAAGUGCAAGCCCUUUGGUUUUCACUUGGUAAAACCCCAAUUGGAUAACAUCAACAUAGUCGAUAACGAACCGGAACUAUCCGAUUUGCCGUUUGACAUGCCGAAACUUCGUAGACGAAGAUUGCUCAUGCAACAGGAUGCAACAACAUCCGGUAGCGCGACAAGUGUCGAUUUGAGAGAUUUGCCCUUUGACAUGCCAAAACUUAGAAGGAGACUUAGGUGCACUCAAAGCACCGAAUCUAGUGCAUCUCAAGCUUCUUCGAGUUUAUCGGUACGCGACGUCGAACCAUCUGCUCUGUUUGGCGGCGGUCUGGCGCGUCCAAAGAUGACUCUGAAUCUGGAAGCUGGUGGAAAUGCUUCCGGGGGUGGAACGAACGUCGGACAACUGGCGUUAAAGAAGCCUGGAGGACUUAGCCUCGGAUUACCUUUAGAAAUGAAUGUUGCAAGAGGAUCAGCUGAUCUAGUUGAUGUCGAUUUACCUUUGGAGAGACAGGGGUGGUAUCAUGGUUCUAUCACGAGAAUCGAAGCCGAAGCUGUUCUCCGACUUCUUCGCGAAGGAAGUUACUUAGUGAGGAACAGCGAAUCGACCAAACAAGAUUACUCGUUGUCUCUCAAGAGUGCCAGAGGUUUCAUGCACAUGCGUAUACAGAAGAACGAAGAGCUGAACGCUUACAUAUUAGGACAGUUUAGCAAACCCUUCGAAAGUAUACCAGAAAUGGUUCGUCAUUUCAGCGUGAAUCGGCUUCCAAUACGUGGUGCCGAGCAUAUGUGUCUUCUGCAUCCUGUUAUAGCACAGCUUUUGUAGCGCAUCUAUCGUAGCGCCGUUUAAAUGGAGGCGCUGCCUUUCUCGAGACACUUUUUGAUAAUUCGUAGUUUUCUUGUGACGAAUGAAGUAAAACAAACACAAAUACCUCCGGCAUAGCUCGAUAAUGAAAUAGGAAGAAAGAAAGAGAGAGAAAGAGAGAGAGAGAGAGAG